CAAAACGGGUCUCCUACGUAUACUUGUGGUCAUGUUCGAUAUAGAUGAAUUCACCCUGCGGCGUCCUCUGGACGUCUCUAUUUGGCCGCACGGAUAAACCUGCUAGCACUGUAAUAAGGUGGUAGCUAUUGGGAGCAUGGACAAAGUGCAUCCCGUCAAAAGAGAGCGCGUGAAGCAUCAAUCCAAUAGACGCUGAUUGUCGCCUCUAUGCCAAUUGCGAAACUUCACUUUGAGCAAAGGCAUCCUUGCCGGCAACUGGAGGAUUCCGAGGUACAGCGCAAAAUUCGCUAAACUAUAUCCUGCAUUGCCUUCUGAGCCACUUUCUACACAGCUCUUCCUUAUAAUCCGUAGCACGAGGCAAGCAUUUUCCUUGCUCAGGAUCUGAACAGAUCAUGCCUCAGGCUCGGACUUCCUCCGCCAGCGCUGAUCCCUUUCACGUUCCUACAAAUACGCCUCAGGGAAGGCGCCAACUCCCUGUCGCAGCUCAUCUCAAUACUACGACGGGCUUGCCUGCUGCACUAUCGUCCCCCACUGUGGCGACAGAUAAUCCGCCACAACCUGCGGAAGGCGGGCCCUUCACCGCCAAUUGGUCUGCAUCCGCCUCUUCAUCCUCGUCCUCCCUACCGUCUCAGACGCAUCCUACAAGCAACCAAGUGUCCAUUCCUCGGCAGCCUUCAUCUGCUUCCAUGAUCGGUCCACCUAUGUACUAUGAUCAAGAUCAUGCCGAGCCACAGGGCGACGCCGAGUUUCAACGAUGGGUUCAAUCCUACCCGCAGGGCCAAUUUGAUUUCCCAACAAGUACAGAUACUGCGAUUAUGUCCGUUCCUCAGAUGCCUUACAAUCCCGGCCACCACUCUCAAGUCGAUUUGGCGCCGGCGCCGAUGCUCACCAUGGAUUCCAAUGCGAUGCAGCCUCAAACGCAAAACCAGUACCAAUUUAUGCCUCAGUAUUCAUCUGCGAACCCUGCUGAAAGUGCGGCUUUCCAUCAACACUUCUUUCCAGCCCAAACACCAGAGCAGUCAUCCAUGAGCUCUCAUAGUGCUCACGGUCAAGUUCCCCAGCAGUCUUCUUCGGUUGACUAUGUAACUCAGCAGCAGCAGCAGCCGUACUCGCAUCAAGAUUACUCUCAAAGCUCUGUUCUUCCUCGCCAUCGCCAGCAACAGCACUCACACAGCACACAGCACCAGGGUCCCUUGGGCUCCCACUUUUACUAUAACUCACAUCCUAAUCCAAGUGAUCCGCAGUCUCACCUCAUGUUCCAACCUUAUACUACUGGUUCAGACCACCUCUCUGUUCCUGGGUCCUACACGCCUUCCACUGAUAACACAGCACCUCCAUCGUCAAUGUCCCCAUCUUCAUUGGCAGGUACUGAUGACGGUCAUUCCUUCCACUCACAUACAUCUCGUACAUCACCUCAGCCAAAUAGUGGCCCCCCUAGCGCUCCGCCCUCUAUCAACAUGGCAACUACUUCUCAACUUCUCCCUGCACCAAGUGCGGCAAAACGUGACAGGAGUACUGGUAGGGCGAAGGGCAGGCAAUUCAACGCAAAACGACCGAGAGUUCCGGAUAGCGACAGUGAAUCCGAGGGUGACGACGAUGGACAAGCGCAACCCACGGUGCCACCCUUGAAAGGUCCAUCUGCACAAACACGACUCCCUGGAGCCUGUACGCACUGUAAAAAAUUAAAGAUGAAAUGUGAUUUCCCCAAGGACGAGAACACGUGCAAACGAUGUAAGUCAAGUGGACAUCACUGCAUCGUCGAAGGACGCAAACCCCGUAAUACACCAAACAAACGAGAAUAUUUGCUCGCUCAGAUUCGCCAGAAGGAUGCGGUCAUUGAGUCGUUGUUGAAGCAGCUGCAUAAUCCAUAUCUGGCAACCCCUAUGUCCAUUGCAUCUUAUCGGAUGGCUACGUCCCCUUCCGACCAGAACAACCAGAAUGUGUUGGCUUGGUUGGAUCGUAUGGAGACCAGUGUACGAACUGCUGGAACGUCUGCUGGGACCAAGGCAUUCCAAUUGGACUCCCGCACUCGGCCAGACGUUGAGGAUGACUCCGAUGAUGAGUCGGACGAUGCAAACGACGAUCCUACGGAGCGUGGUACUGUCGUGGACUCUCAGGAACGCGAAGACGCGAACAAUGAUGACGAGAAGCUUUUCUCGAUUCCGGACGCUACGGUUCCCAUCGGUCUUAUAGCGAACUUAUCCCUUGGUAACAAGAAGAAGACGAAAGCGAAGGUAGAGGAUCGUGAGACCGACGACGACGACGAUCUCGGGGUGGCGAACAGGACAUACUUCGCGCCGGGCCCUGCAUAUGAUCUUGAUGUCCGGGCAAACUUGAUUGAGCAAUACAGCCCCCCAGAGAUCAUUGUGCAUGGACUAGUUACUCCGGAUGAUGUCACUAAGCUUUUUGAGAUAUUCUAUGCUCGCCUCAACGUCCACGUUUCCUUACUAGACCCGGUGCUUCACACCCCUCAGUCCACAUUUGCAAGGUGUCCGUUCCUGUUCACAGUCGUUUGCGCGGUCUCUUCAAGGUUCUAUGCCGCAAAGUCGGAAAUCUACCCGAUCGCAAUGCACUUUGCUAAGCAUGCGGCGGCCAAUGCCAUGAUUACAGGUUGGAAGUCUGUUGAGUUAGCCCAAGCUUACAUUCUCUUGAGUAUCUUCGGAGUUCCUGCCAAACGAUGGGAAGAGGAUAGAAGCUGGCUGUACAUUGGACUGGCAAUCCGGCUUGCUACUGACCUGAACGUUCAACGGGUAUCGACGGUGAAACCCACUUCCGAGCAGCACGAACGUGAAAUUCUCAAUAGAACACGGUUGUGGAUCAACUGCUACAACCUGGACCGCUCGCUUUCAACGCAAUAUGGCAAGCCGUACUCGAUCAAAGAGGACUAUGUAAUCCGCACUUCAUCGGACUGGUACAGGAAAUCGAAGUACAACGACCCGCUCGAUGUUGGCCUGUGUGGUUAUAACGCUUUACUCCGGAUUGUGGCAAGGUUCCAUGACGAGGUCUUCUCCGAUCCUAGCACGCCUUCCGGACUCAACGAGCGUGUGAACUUCUUGCAACUCGCCCAAAGCUAUGACACGGAACUGAGUGCCAAUCACGAUGAAUGGCAUGCACGCUAUACGGAGGCUACUGACCUAUCUGGUAUGACGCCCGCCCCUUCUAGGUCGCAGUGGAACAGUGUUGACCUUGGCUAUGAAGAUCCAGCGUAUGCGCUCCGAAUGAGCUUGCUUCCCUUUGUGACGAGCUAUGCUCGUCUCGUAAUGUAUUCAUUUGCCUUUCAACAUGCCUUUAAGCGUGGUUUGCAGCCCGAUGACAGGGUGAUCAUUGAUAAGUGCUUUACAUAUGCCGAACAGGUAAUAAGAGGAAUGGUUCAUGAUUUGGCCCCUAGUGGUUUCAUGAGGUAUUCUCCAGAUGGCCACUUCGUGUUUGCCACGUUUGCCUCCGCGUUUCUUUUGAAGCUUCUCAGACGCGAUUUUACCCCAUUCAUCACCAACCAGCAACGAGAUGAGAUCUUCGAUUUGAUCGGAGGAUUAAUCGACGUACUCAACUCCCCCGAGAUCGCUAUCGACGAGCGUCACACUCCUCGACUUCAUGCUCGCUUCCUGGCCCAGUUAUUAUCUAAACACCGGCGCAAUGUUGUACACACGGAGACAUCUCACUCCCAGAACCCUCCGCAAGGCCAAACUUCAGGUGGACCCCCCGGCCCGCAUCCCAUUCAGCCUAUUCAAUCAUCAACAAGUGGUGCUCAGAUCUUCUCUACGCCGCAGGCUCAGGGAGGCACGCAGGGUGGACAGAAUAUGGGUCAUUCUCAAGGAACGUCGUACCGCAAUCCGUCGCCUCCAGUCAUUCCUGUGACACCGACAGUCGAGCCCGGGUACACAAGCCUCUUCGACCCCACGGAGUUUGGAUCCGAGUUCGAAGCUUCAUACGGAGAGGAGAUGUUCCCUGGCGCGCUUCAAAUAUUCAAGAACCCAACGUAUUGGCAGAAUGCUUUAAUGCCCGGGUUCACAUGGCCAGAGACGCGUUCGCAUGAAGCUACUCAGUAUCAAGGAUACCCUGGCGUGCCAAGUGGCUUCAGUAGUCUCCAGGCUGCUGCUGUCUCGAUGGGCUAACUUCUUUUCACUCUCGCCGCUGUACUAAUGAAUUGUAUCUGUAUCGACACUUGCAUCGAACUGUAGACAAGCACUACCUGUAUCGCCAGUUAUUUUUUAUUUCUCGUAUUAUCGGUCAGUAAUUUAGGUUAUCUACGGCUUGACCAGUGUAUGUCGACAGUAGGCGUAACAGUCUUUGCUGGGACCUCAUCCUGUUUGGGGUCCCGUACUGGUAAGCCUGCCCUCUCUCCGUCCACCCCGCCGCGUAAAUCCACAUAGAAUUCAGGUGUCAUGCCGGCCUUCUCUCUUGCCUCCUUAUUGAAAGGACCUUUGAUGUCACCUUUCCAGCCCUUUCGCACCUCUUCCCUGAAUGUCUGCACCGGGUUGACACCUUGACGGUCACACAUCCAAGUAAACCAUCGAUGUCCAGCAGUAACAUGCGUCACUUCAUCGGCAUGAAUUAUCUCCAAGACAUCGACGCUCUCGGAGUCUCUCGCUCGUCUAAACUUUUCAAUAGUGCCCGGGUUAACGUCAAGACCACGGGCCUCAUGUACAAGGUGAAUGAUAGCCAGACGGGCGCGAAGCGAAGAGAAAGUCGCUCGAGCUGAGUCCCACAACGAGGCAUGUACAGGCAGUGAGCCGUAGGGCGUUGUCGUCGAUAGAGCUGAGAGUCGAGCUGUCAAGAGGGUGAAGUGCUUUGAUUCGUCAAGCGCCAUCUUAGUAAAAUCUGAGAAGAACGCAGGGGGUAGCUCAGGAUGUUCCGGGCCAUAUCGUGCGAUGAUGUCCCAUCUACAGUGGGUCAAAAUGGGUCACAUCGGGAAUGGGACGAUACAUGAACUUACGCAAGAUCGAUUCUGAAUAGUCAGGUAUAGGGAUUGGGUUAACAAUCGAACGACUCGGCAUGAGUAGACAUGAAGCAGGGAUGACUUACGCCCAUUGCUCUAUGUUGGCUAGCGCGUGUAACAUGACAGCACGAUUUUUCCGUCUUGCC